AUGGAGGCUGUAAGAGCUUUCAACAAUGAGUUGUCCUCCCUGUAUGAGGUGCGACCACCUGUGUCGAGAGCUAAAAUGACCCAUAUUACCAAGACAGCAAUUAAAGCAAUUAAAUUUUAUAAACAUGUAGUUCAAAGUAUAGAAAAGUUUAUUCAAAAGUGCAAACCAGAAUACAAAGUACCAGGAUUGUAUGUUAUUGAUUCAGUUGUGCGUCAAUCAAGACAUCAGUUUGGUGUUGAUAAAGAUGUGUUUGCUCCAAGAUUUACUAAAAACAUUGUCUCAACAUUUCAAAAUUUAUUCAAGUGUCCAGUUGAAGAAAGGAGUAGGGUAGUGAGAGUAUUGAAUUUAUGGCAGAAGAAUAAUGUUUUUCUGGUAGAAAUAAUCCAACCUUUAUUGGAUUUAGCUGCUGAUCCUAAUAAUGUUCAACUUGUGCUAGCAGGUAAUGGCACCAGUUUACAUCCAUACUAG